GUCGACGAUUCGAUAUGCCAGAGUCUCCCGCUUCCCGCAGCCGCCGCACCGUUUAACGGUCCGACAACCGACAACCGGACACUGUCUCCGUUCAUCCCAGCACAUCUACAUCCCGGAGUCCGUUUUACGGUGAAUUACCGGUCUGAAGCGGCUCGGAGACGAAGAGAAACGGACGAAGGAAGAGGCCGCCGCCGCUCCUCCGCUGAACAGCGGUGGUUUCUGGAUUUCUCGCACUCAUAAACCGCAGGAUCUGCUGACCAUCAUCUGGGUUUCAUAAUUAAUAUUCUCCUGUCGAUAUUCAAGAUGAAACAACGUAGCCUGGAAACACAAACACAGUUGUGAAGAGCAGCCGUCAUCACAGCGCAGUCAUGCUGGAGGAGGACAUGGAGGUGGCCAUCAAGGUGGUGGUGGUGGGAAACGGAGCGGUGGGCAAGUCCAGCAUGAUCCAGAGAUACUGCAAGGGCAUCUUCACCAAGGACUACAAGAAGACCAUCGGCGUGGACUUUCUGGAGAGGCAGAUCAUAGUGAACGGUGAGGACGUCAGGCUGAUGUUGUGGGACACGGCGGGACAGGAGGAGUUUGAUGCCAUCACUAAAGCUUAUUACAGAGGAGCUCAGGCCUGCGUGCUGGUUUUCUCCACCACCGACAGAGAGUCAUUCGAGGCUAUCAGCAGCUGGAAGGAGAAGGUGGAGAUGGAGGUGGGCGACAUUCCCACUGUCCUGGUGCAGAACAAGAUCGACCUGCUGGACGACACCGUCAUCAAGAAUGAAGAGGCUGAAGGUCUUGCUAAAAGGCUGAAGUUGAGAUUCUACCGGACGUCAGUAAAGGAGGAUCUGAAUGUCAAUGAAGUUUUUAAGUAUCUAGCUGAUAAAUAUCUGCAGCGACUCAAGCUACAGUCAGCGGAGGAGACGGACAUCAUUCACACAUCCAGCAAUAAAAUAGGCGUCUUCAACACGACGGGCAGCGGCCAUCCAAACCAGAACAGCAGUGAUCUGAAUGGCCGAGAGAUCGUAAACCUGCGACCAAACAAGCAGAGGACGAAGAAAACGAAAAACCCCUUCGGCAGCUGCAGACUCCUGUAGAGCGCCACACCACAGAUGCAUUGUGGGAUUGAGAGCAGGCUUCAUUCACGCUAACCGCUAAAGUCAUGUUCAGUGCAGAGCAGGUCUGUCAUUGUGUGUGUGAGUGUGUGUGUGUGUGUGUUGGCGCCCUCUUCUGGCCACACAGAGAAAAACACAAAACAAAAACACUAGAUUGUGAGUUUUUGCACCGUUAGAGGCAUCAAAACUGACCCCAUAAUGAAAUCUAAUAUGCAUUAGUGGCUCAGAAGUGAUCAUGAUCCUAAAAAUCGAAUCUUCAGUGAGUGCUGGCGAAUCUGAGGUCUGUUCAGCUUAUUUUUGUAUUGACCUGUAAAUCUGUCAGACGCUGCCCUCGCUCACGUUUUAACAAGACAACACUUGAUUGAAAAGCGAAUCUAUUUUUCUCACAGUCAGAGUGCAUUAUUUAAUGUGGUAAACAGCAGGGUAACCUUCAGAGAUUACUUAGACAAAUAAAAAUAAAGUCAGAUUUUGAACUUUUUAACUCACCAUUUGUGCAUUUGGACUGUUCACCGUUGUGCAAUAUGUUAGUGUUGAUGGAGACGCGUCGUUUGCUGUCACAAUCUUCUUCCUGUUGUUUCUUAAAUGAAUGUUGUCAGCUCAUACGUUCUUAUAGGUAUUUUUGUAUGAAAAGAAAGCGUAGUAACACUUAACACCGUGCCAAAAUGUUUCUAAACUUCAUGUACUUGUAAAUAGCAUUAGUAAGUGGUGAAAUUUUUAAAUGCUUAUGAAAUAAUCAAUCAUCACCUGUCAAAUCAACGUCCGUGAUAUGCAUUAAUAUCAUAACACUGAAACCGUCAUAUUUUAACACCAAAUUCAGGAGUUAGAAGAAUAAAAAUGAUCAUUUUUGGAUUUAUUAUUAGUUUCUUUUGGUCUGCUUGUUAGAUAAUACAGAGUAAAACAUUGCACACGUACUGCUAUAGGGCUGGACGAUACAAUAUUGAAUCAUUUUCAUUAAUUUUCCUUCGGCUUAGUCUCUUUUUCAGAGGUCAUCGCAGCGGAAUGAACCGGCAACUAUUUCAGCAUAUGUUUUAUGCAGCGGAUGCCCUUAUAGCUGCAACCCAGUACUGGGAAACACUCAUACAUACUCAUACACUACGGUCAAUUUAGUUAAUCAAUUCCCCUAUAGCGCAUGUGUUUAGUCUGUGGGGGAAACCGGAGCACCCGGAGGAAACCCACACGAACAGAACAUGCAAACUCCACAUAGAAACGCCAACUGAUCCAGCCGGGACUCGAACCAGCGACCUUCUUGCUGUGAGGCCACAGUUCUAACCACUGAGCCACCAAAAUAAAGGUGAAAUCAAAAUUUGCGGUGUUUAUUUUGCUAGCACACAUUGUUAGUCUUCUCCGAUGAGGUCAGUUUGGGGUGAAAUAUGCUUAGCCACGCCCCUUCAUCUGCAUAAGAGGAGGAUCCAACAAUAAACCCCACCCCCUCCUCAAUAUUCAGUUUCUGAAAUACAUCAUCACACUGAAGUUAAAUUCUGCAGCAACAUUCGACGUGGAUUUUAGUGAUAAACAUCUGAAUUCAUUUACAUAAAUUGUUUUAUUGUUUUUAAAUUGGCAGGAAUAUAAAAUAUAUCAAAAGUUUAAAUUUUAAUACACUAUUAAAGAGUGUAUGUGUCUUUUUCAUUGUUUUUUCAGUUUUACAGUUGGUUGAUAUCAUUAAAAUGACAUGUAAACAUUAUAAUCACAUAUAAACUUGCCUUCUGUACUUCACGGAAAAUUCAUUUCUCUUAGAAAUUAUGUCCACACUAAAUACUGAAGUCGAUUAAACCUGAAUAUUUGAAGCAAUGCACAGAUUAUGAUGCUUUUAAAGGUACAUUUCACCCUAAAAUGUUCAUUUCCUCAUCAUUUCAAGUGGGUUUCUGAAUUUCUGUCUGCUGUUGAACACAAAUGGAAGUAAAUAUCUGCUUUUUCCAGUAUUCUUCAGUGUAUCUUCCUUUGUUUUCAACAGAAGAAACAAAGGUAAAGUCUAAAAGGGAUACAGCUGUAGAUUUUUGUGCUAUUGUACAACAAUAAUUACUAUGUUUACAUUGCUGUGAUGGUUAGGCUGGGCGUAGAUGUUAAUAAAAUACAAUUAAUGGGUGAUUUAGUAAAUAAUAAUCAGUAUAAUUACUGUUUUUACAUUGCUCUGAGGGUUGCGGUAGGGUAUAGACGUUAAUACAAUACAAUUAAUGGGUAAUUUAAUAAAUAAUAUGAAUAAUACUUGGUUUAAAUACUGUUUUUACAUUACUGUGAUGAUUGGAUUUAAGAUAAAGGUUGGGGUAGACAUUAAUAAAAUAAAAUUAAUAGAUAAUUUAUCAAAUAAUAUGAAUAAUAAUCAAUAUAAUUACUGUUUUUACAGUACUGUGAGGGUUGAUGUAGCAGUAGACGUUAAUAAAAUACAAUAAUGGGUAAUUUAAUAAAUAAUAAUCAAUAUAAUUACUGUUUUUACAUUACUGUGAGGAUCUGGGGUGGGCGUAGAUGUUAAUAAAAUACAAUUUAAUGCGUAAUUUAAUAAAUAAUAUGAAAAAUAAUCAAUAUAUUUACUGUUUUUACAUUACUGUGAGGGUUAGGGUAGGGGUAGAUGCUAAUAAAAUACAUUUUAGUGGGCAAUUUAAUAAACAAUAUGAAUAAUAUUCGGUUUAAAUACUGUUUUUACAUUGCUGUGAUGUGUUUAGGAUUGGGGUAGGAGAAGACAUUACUAAAAUACAAUUAAUGGAUAAUUUAAUAAAUAAGCCAUGUUAACUUUCGGCCGCAGCUGUUUCUAGCAACAAGAACAAGUGGAGGAUAAAGAAAUGAUGCCAGAAUUAUCAUAUUUGGGUGAACUGCCCCUUUAAAUCUGAUGUUAUUAAAACAUCUUUACAACACUCCCAUUCUCUGUCUAAUAAAUUCCAGUACAUGUCUAAGUUCCAAUGAAAUCCAUAAAGUACAGUGAACGUUGAAUAUAUCGCCCAGCCCUUCACACUUAUACACAUUUUCGGUGUGCAUGAAUCAAUAAUGCUGCUUGCAUAUUUUGCUUUAAUAUAAUAUCUCAGACUUAAUUUGAAGUUCUGCAUCUGCACAUCUGUUACAUGCAGGAUUUGUCUAUAUUUGUAAUAUUUGGACAGUAAAAACACUUUAAGGGAGUUUCUGUCAACAUCCAUUCAGAGGCAUGACAUUAUGAUGAAUAAUAAAUAAAGGUUUUCAGAAUACUGCUCUACAGUGGCCUAGUGCAGUGCAUCUACACUCAACAAACCCCAUUAAUGGGCACUGACUGUAAAAAUCAUUUGAAUCAGUGAUCUAUCUGGCUAGUGAAUCAGCUGUUUUGAAUGAAUCAUUUGAGUCAGUGAUCCAUUUGCUUAAUGAAUCAGCUGUUUUAAAUGAAUAAUUUGAGUCAGGGAUCCAUUUGCUUAAUGAAUCGGCUGUUUCAAAUGAAUCAUUUGAGUCAGCGAUGCAUAUACUUAAUGAAUCAGCUGUUUUGAACAAAUCAUUUAAGUCAGUGAUUAAUUUGUUUAAUGAAUCAGCUGUUUUUAAUGAAUCACAUGAGUCAGUGAUCCAUUUGCUUAAUCAGUUGUUUUAAUGAAUCAUUUGAGUCAGUGAUCCAUUUGCUUAACAAAUCAGCUGUUUUGAAUUAAUCAUAUGAGUCAGUGAUCCAUUUGCUUAAUGAAUCAGCUGUUUUGAAUUAAUCAUAUGAGUCAGUGAUGUGCCUAAUGAAUCAGCUGUUUUGAAUGAAUUAUAUGAAUCAGUGAUCCAUUGCUUAAUGAAUCAGCUGUUUUGAAUAAAUCAUAUGAAUCAGUGAUCCAUUGCUUAAUGAAUUAGCUGUUUUGAAUGAAUCAUUUGAGUUAGUGGUCCAUUUGCUUAAUGAAUCAGCUGUUUUGAGUGAAUCAUUUGAGUCAGUGGUCCAUUUGCUUAAUGAAUCAGCUGUUUUGAAUGAAUCAUUUGAGUCAGUGGUCCAUUUGCUUAAUGAAUCAGCAGUUUUGAAUUAAUCAUUUAAGUCAGUGAUGCAUUUGCUUAAUGAAUCAGCUGUUUUGAAUGAAUCAUUUGAGUCAGUGGUCCAUUUGCUUAAUGAAUCAGCUGUUUUGAAUGAAUCAUUUGAGUCAGUGAUGCAUUUGCUUAAUGAAUCAGCUGUUUCUAAUGACUCAUUUGAGUCGGUGAUCUAUCUGCCUUAUGAAUCAGCUGUUUUGAAUGAAUCAUUUGAAUGAAUGAUCAAAUGAAUUGUUCAUUAUGACAGAGUCUUGCUGCCAUAUCCAUGACAGGUCUGAACCAUCCAAGACCAGCACAAAAACACACUCAGCUAAAUAUAAUUGAAUGCUAUUGGAAGAAAAAAUGGUAUUCGAUCUGUUUUAAUCAAACAUCGCACAUCCAAGCUUUCAGUAUGAUAUUAGGCUUUAUAUCUGUAUAUUAGAACAAAAGCAUUGCACAAGUCUGUACUUUAUAUAUGUGGAGAUCGAAUGUUUCUAGAGGAGCAUUCAUGACUGAAACUAGCCUCCCAAAGUCUGCCAGCCUUAACCACUGAAGCCAUGAGAAACGCACAACUGAACAUUCGGGGAAAUAAACGUUUGCAGCUGUCGAACUGAUGCAGAUAACGUGAUAAACGUUUACUAAAUUGGGUUUCAUCAUAUAGUCCAUAAAGGAAAUGAAGUUGUGUGUGUUACUUUACUGAAUCAGAAGUGAGUCAGGGGUCUGUUCGAUGUAGGAAGAACGGACCCCUGAGGAUCGACUUUAAUUGUUUACUAUCCCUGUGUUAGUUAAAAAGGCGGAGCUUCAGCGGGUUUAUUUUGGGAUUUCUCCUGGAAAACAUGUGGUUUAAUAUUGGAUUGAUUGUGUUUCUUCAUCGAUGGCAUGCCUUGCAUUCAUGUAUGAAUGUGGACUGACGGUACUGGACCGCCACGGCCUUCAUGUUUACUGCGUUGAUUAUUGUGCAUUUUCACAUUAACAUGUGAGUGCACUCUAAAAAAUGCUGGGUUGUUUUAACAUAAUGUUGGGUCACCUAUGGACAAAUCCUACCACUGGGUUAAAAAGUGCCAUUUAAAUUUAACUGGAAAAAUUGACCCAACAUUUGGUCAAAUAUGGACUAACCUAACCGCUGGGUUAGAUACUUUAAAUUAAACUUCAUUGGAAAAAAGGAACCCAACAUUUGGUCAAACAUAGGCAAACCAAGCCCCAGAGGUUUAAAAUAUAUAUAUAUAUAUAUAUAAUUUAAAUUGGAAAAAUUAACCCCAUAUAGGGUCAAAUAUAGACAAAGCCGACCCCUGGUGUAAAAAGUACAUUUUAAAUUUAAUUAGAAAAUUAAAUCCUACAUUGGGCCAAAUGUGGAUAAACCAAACCGCUGGGUUAAAAAUUGUCAUUUUAUUUUAAUUGGAAAAAUUAACCCAGUAUUGGGUCAAACAUGGACAAACCAAACUGCUGAGUUAAAACUGUAAUUUAAAUUUAAUUGGAAAAUUUAACCCAUUACUGGGUCAAAUAUGGACAAACCAAACUCCUGGUUUAAAACUAAUUUAAAUUUAAUUGGAAAAAUUAACCCAGUAUUGGGUCAAAUAUGGACAAACCAAACCACUGGGUUAAAACUAGUUUAAAUUUAAUUGGAAAAAGUAACCCAGUAUUGGGUCAAAUAUGGGCAAACCAAACCACUGGGUUAAAACCAGUUUAAACUUAAUUGGAAAAAUUAACCCAUUAAAAGUAACCCAGUAUUGGGUCAAAUAUGGACAAAUCUAAUUGCUGGGUUUAAAAGUGUAAUUUAAAUGGAAAAAUGAACCCAAUGUUGAGUCAAAUAUAGACAAACCAAACUGGCUUAACUGAAAUUUUAAUAGGAAAAUGAACCCAAUACUGGGUCAAAUAUGGACAAACCAAACCACUGGGUUAAAACUAGUUUAAAUUUAAUUUGAAAAAAUUAACCCAUUACUGGGUCAAAUAUGGACAAACCAAACUGUUGGGUUAAAACUAAUUUAAAUUUAAUUGUAAAAAGUAACCCAGUAUUGGGUCAAAUAUGGGCAAACCAAACCACUGGGUUAAAACUAGUUUAAACUUAAUUGGAAAAAAAAACCAUUAAAAGUAACCCAGUAUUGGGUCAAAUAUGGACAAAUCAAAUUGCUGGGUUUUAAAGUGUAAUGUAAAUGGAAAAAUGAACCCAAUUUUGAGUCAAAUAUGGACAAACCAAACUGGCUUAAAAACUGAAAUUUUAAUAGGAAAAUGAACCCAAUACUGGGUCAAAUAUGGACAAACCAAUCCGCUGGGUUAAAAAGUGUCAUUCUAAAUGGAAAAAAUUACCUAGUGUUGGUCAAAUAUGGACAAACCAAACCACUGGGUUAAAAAGUGUCAUUUCAAUUUGGAAAAAUUAAGCCUAACGUUGGGUCAAAUAUAAACAAACCAAACCUCUGGGCUAAAAAGUGUCAUUUCAAUUUAAUAAAAAUUAACCCAACAUUGGGUUAUGACCCAUCCUUUUUUAAAGAGUGCAUUAAAGGCGCUUCAUUUAUCUGCUAUCACUCUAACAUGUUAAAGCUCGGUCAUCAUCAAUAUACAGUCAGAACUCCUCUCACUGUUUCUAACGGGAACACAUGUCUUCUGCUUUUUCAUUUUGGAAAUGCUGCUUACUUUAAUCUUCUCAUUACUGUUGUCCUCAUGGGUUUGCCGUAGAUCUCGAGAGUACGCCAGCACUGGGCAGAAGUGUGGAAGUGCUUUUGUAUUUGAUGAUUUUUUAAUCUUAAUCCUGCACACAGAUUCACUCGUCUGUUUGUGUGAUUUGUCUUUUUUGAGUGGUUGUUUCAUAAAGGACAGAAUAAACACUCUAUCAUAGUGGUUUUGAUUUGAUUGUUCUUCUUGCUGUGAGCACAAUCAUAUAUGCACUAAUACAAAACGAUUAUGUCAAUGUUAAAGGAAAACAAUGUGUGUAUAAAACUAAUCUAGAAUGCAAUCUAGAGAGUCAGGGCUGUAUUUACCUGAUACACUGAUUGGCCACUGAUUUACCAUAUGUAGGUUUUAUUAUUCAUAGACAUUGUUGAGUUUCAUUACAGAACUGUUGGAACUGUUUUACGCAAGGCUUUAUACAUAGAGGUUUAUUGUUUUAUUAAAUUAGGUUAUUGUCAAUCUCAGUGGGGGAAAUAAAUGGAAAUAUCUGAGAAUA